AUUGUAUUCGUAAUAUUUUUCAAUAAUUGUGAGAGAAUUUAUGUGAAAGUUUUAUAAAAAAUUGUUUAAACAAUCAAUAGAGACAGUGAUUGAGUUAAAUCUAUGAUUUCGAUUUAAAUAGACGAAUAAAAACGGAUUAUUUUGUGUUGGACGAAAGAAGAAAGUCGAUGCAAACAGAGCAUUCGAUAUUCUGAUAAGAAAAGUGUUUCAUAUUUCGUGUACACAGUAUGUGAAAAGUGCUGACGUUCUAUUGGAUGGUAUGCAAGUGAGAGCAUGAAAUAGUGCGUGCAUACGUGAGAUGCUACUGCUACUGCUACGUGCACGGUGUGUGUGCAAUAUGUUUGAUAACAUUGAAACAAUUUUACAUAAUGUAAAUGGUGAAUGGCAACAAAACUGAACAGACAUUUGCACUAUUGCCGAAAUACGGUUCACGACCAGUAGAACAGUUUUGUAGACAGUUAAAGUUGAGCUUAAGUGUGAAUUAAUAGAGAAUUUAUCAAUGAAAAUCAAUUUUCCACCAGCAGUUCAUCAUUUAAUGUUUAUAUAGACGGAGGCGAAAAGUGGCGCUUACGAAAGAUUUUAUGCCCAACUAUUUCCGACACAAAACACAAAAAAAUAAAAUAAAACAAACGAAGAAAAUAUACAUACAUAUAUAAAGACGGCCAGACGCGUUUUAACUGUAAUCAUCUGAUAAAUUAUAGCGCCUUUUCUGCGUAUGAUUAUUAUCCCUUUUGUCGGCACCAUAUUCCAUUCGAAGAAUACAGCAGCACAUCAAACGCAAUACGCAUAGCGAUAACGUCUUUCAAGCUCAUUAUCCAGCAAUUUUAUCAACCGAAGCAGCAGUGUGUUGUAUCGUGUGUGCAUCAAGUCAACUAAGACAUAACACAUAAGCACACACACAAGUAAGUGAAAGAGAGUGAGAACAACAUUGAUACGCAUGUUCGGUUCAGAAAGGCACAUUGAAAAUUCACAUACAAAAUCAAUGUAAGAAAUAGCCGUUUCCCUUCAUCGUAUGAAAACUUUCAUUGUGAGUUCAGUUGUUGAUAUGCAAACAACCUGAUUUUUUGUGUGUGUCCACAAAUGUUAACGUAUUUAACGCGCGAAAUAUAUCCGAACAUUCCAUCGAAUCAAGAACUGUGUUUAUAACCAGAAUGAAUAAUCAAAUGGCCAAAGUGAGCAAAACAAUUAUGUUAUUGUGAACAAAAUAUACAAAACUUUGUGCCUAAACGCACAUAAAUAAUUCAAAUUUCAGUGACAAUAAAACGUUGAGAAUUAUGAAUGGAAUUGUGUUUAAAAUGUGGUGAAAAUGAUGAGCGUGUUAAACAAUUUCAUUUGGCCAAUAAUUUGUGUGAAUGAUUUAUAAACUGAAUGUAAAUAAGUUCGAUGAAUUUCGUAUAUAGAAUGCAAAAGUUUCGAUGAACUGCCAAUUGCCGCAAACGAAACAGCCUUCAAACUAUAUUCGGUUUCACAUUGAUGAGGCUGUUCUGUGCAUUUGAAAUCAAUUCGUUCCCGAUUUGGAUCCACAUCGGACUACUAUUUUUGUAAUGACAAUGUUGGCGACCAACAUAUUAUUCAUGUUCAACUGAAAGGAAUUCAUUUAUAUAAAUAUACACACCCAAUACAUACACAGUACGAAUUUUGAGUAACUUCGCACAAAAUGCAUGCGAAAAAACCCCAGACAAGAUUGGCUGGUGGUUCAUUGGCAAAAUCGCUUAAGCCCAAAGUGAAAAAACCAACUGCGAAGCCAAACACUACCAACAAACAGCGGUCGAUCCCGUCAUCCAUAAAAUCAGCUUCGAGUAAAAAGUUAACAGUGAAAAAAUCGACGAACAAUUCAAAGGCAAAAGAUGACUGUGAAAGUACCGACAAAAAAUCAAAGUCUUUAAAUAAAACUGAAAACAGUACGAUAAACAAAGCAUCCUCAUCGAUGGGAUUAAGUGCAUCCAAAGAAAAAGCGACCACGAAUAGAAAACAAAAACCCGAACGGAAGUCAAACAAGCCGGCAAUCAAUGGCGAAAAGAAGCCAACGGCCACGUCAACAACAACAACAGCCACGGUUGCAACAGCAACGGCGGCCACAAAAGAUGAUAAAAUCAUUAGAUCAAGCAAAGAAUUGAAAAAUUUAGAUAUUCAACUGAGCGGCUAUAGCAAUGUGACGGUAGCACGUGAUUCAACCGGUUCGGAUUCAGACACGGACAAAGUAAUCAAAGCGUCGAUAUGCGAAAAUGUAAAAACCAAAGCACGUGCCGCAUCGGCAACAUUCAAUUCAUCGGGCAAUCGGUCACCUUCCGUUAACUCACCUGGACCAAAUCAUUCGAAACAAAGUCAAAACACUGAUAAAUCGAUCAAAAUCGAAACACCAGCUUUAAAAUCGGCUGAAAAUAAAAGCGACAAUAAAACGUCGAAGAAGAAAGAAACUGCGGCCAAAUCAAAAGCACCAACAACAAAAGCAAAAUCCAUAAAAUCGACUCAGGAUGAAGAGAAAACGAAGAAAAAUACUAAUGAAUGUAAGAAAACGGAUGGUGAUAAAAAUUCAAAUAAAUCACAAAAGCCAAAAGCAAAAGCAGUAAACGAUACGGUUUGCAGCAAAGUCAAUGUUGAUGCACCUGCCAUUUUGACCGAGAAACGGAUUGAAAUUAAAACACAAGUCGAUGAAUCGAAAUCACUUAUUGAUACAAUCGCCGAUGCCAUCAAUGAAGUGGUUAAACAAUACAAAGAUAGUAAAGACAAAGGAAACGAUGCAACAGGAUCGCAUUCGCACAGCAACAAUAGUGGCACGUCGAUAAAAGCAGCAAAAAAAGAAAAUAAAAUUUCAAAAACAAGCAAGAAAAAAGUUUUAAAUGAAAAGAAAUUAGAUGUAAUUGAAUCAGCUUCCGACUUAGUGAAAGAUAGCAAAGACGCAAUCAAAACGAUAUCAAAGAAUGCAAAAGCAAAACAAAAACUCACAAAGGAUAAUAAAAUUGAUGAUAAAAUUUGCGAUCAAAAUAAACAAAGCAGCGAAAAGAUUAAAAUGGAAAAAGAAGCAGCUGUCACCGAAAUGAAGGCGUCGAAUGCUACGGUUGCAAGCGAAACAGAAAAGAAAUCAAAUGAUAAAGCAAAUAAAUCCGCCAGCAAAGGUAAAGCAAAACCAAAAGUGGGUAAAAAAUCAACAGCAAACAAUGCGGAACAAACCGAAGCAAAAGGAUCCAAGAUUAUUAAAAUCGAUUUGAAAGCUAAGAAAAAAGUCAAACCGUUGGCGACAACAAAAUCUGUAUCAUUGAAAUUGACAGCAAAAAAACAACAACACAAAACGACAACAGCAACAACAACGGCAACAGUAAAAGAUCCAAAACUGUGUCAAGAUGAUAAAAAGAAAAAUGAUGAGCAUAAAUCUCAAGCGAAACCAGAUGAAAUAUCUGAUGACGACAAUUUAUCAUUGACUGAACUCAAAGCCCAACUCUCGAAAAAUGACGCACAAAAAACCGAUGCAAAUGCAAAAAGCUCUAACACAAGUACAAAACUAGUCAACGCUGGAAGCAAUUCAACAAACAAAUCAACCACAAAAAGUCGAUUCAAAAAACCAUCGGUUUCAAGUGCUGAAACUACUGUUACUGCUUCAGCUACUGCUACACCCAAAAAGAGGUCAACAAACCAAAAAGAAACUGGCACAGUACCGAGCUCAACCAACAAAUCGGAUGAUGUGUAUGAAUUUCAUGAUGCAAACUUUAGCGGCGAUGAUGUACCAUACGUUCACAAGAAAAAGCGUGAAAAAAUCUCAUCAAUUGCGACGAUGACAAAUCAAGAGAGUACCACAAGGAAAGAUGACAACCUUAAAAAGUCUGCCGAGAAAUCAAAAACUUUACCACUAAAGAAGCAAAUCAGGCACGAUGUUAUAAAAGAAGCAUCAAAAACGGCAACGGCGACAUCGUCGACAAAAACCGAUUCAAAAUCAACAACGGCCACGAACGUAAAAGGUAAUAAUCGAAGUGCUUCAAACAGUAAAACUGAACAAGGUGAAAAUGAUAACGAUAGUAAAAUUAGCGACACAAAGAAAUCGACAAAAGCACAUGCGAAUAAUGGUCACAAAUUGGCUGCAAAGAAUCGUCGUUUGAAACUAUUUGGUUUUUAUUCGGGCCCAAAACGGCAUCGUAUGGCCUCAUUGAAUGCACUAGCAAAAGUUCAAUGUUUGUACGAGAAUGAAUCACGAACGGCUCAAGAGCUCGGUUUCGUUAAAGAGCCACAAAAUGUGCAGCGAAUGAAAUUUGUCUCGGAUGCUGGUGACAAAAGCGAACCGCCAACAAUAUCGACCAAAAAUCAUGGAAAAGAAAAGGAAGUAUCCGCAUCCGAACCGGAGAAAAAGGAAAAGAAAGCGAAAAAAGAUGGUGGAGGUGGUGACGAUGUAAAUAUCGAAUUGGAACGACAUGACGUUGCUGUUAAUAAUCGAACUUUGAGAAAGAUGCCGGGACGCGGAGAAGGCACACUAUGGGAAAUGGAAAACAGCAGCAUGGACGAAUCCGAUACAGAAAAAGAAAUACACAAAAUGUCAAAGCCAAUGAAAACGAAAAUCAGAAAGAAAAUACUAUCGAAAAAGCCAAUUGCAUCGACUAAGAAGGCAGCCGGUAAAGAUGAAUCAAAUAAAGUUGCGAAUAAAAAAUUAAAAACAACACCAAGCAAAGUAAAAGCCAAGAGUAGCCCUUUUAAAACAAAAUCAAGCGUUGGCGAUACGGAUACUAGCAGUGAUAGCGAUACCGAUGACCAUGAUUCAAAGACCAUUGACCGAAAGCCAAAGUUGAAAAAAUUGAAAAAAGCCAUUGCUAAAGCUGCCGUUGCAAAAUCCACCGAUAUCAAAGAAGUCGUUGUGAGAAAGCGUAUGGCGAGUUUGAAUGCAAGUGCAAUGAUGGCAGCUAGUUAUGAGGUUGAACGCCAAUUUGACAAAUGCGAAGAAAAAAUGUACAAAGUGAGCGCCGCCGAUGCUGAAGAACAUAUCACACCGCCGCCGAAAAAAGCAAAAGACAUCAAAAAUGAAGUGUUUGAACCAAAAGAUACGAAGCCCGUAGCAAGCAAUGUCGUCAUUGUUCAAGACACCGAUGUAACAAUUACAGGCGUUUAUGUUAAUUCAACGCUUGGCUCAAGCCAAGAAGCAUACUGUAAAAUGCAAUAUCGUGUUCAAUCGAGCGUUACCGAAGAGCGUCUCGUUCGUCCAACACCACAAGAACCACCCAAAUCCUACACACCAUUGAAUGCACUAUCGUGUAUGCUUCCACCAGGUAAUGAAAGUGAUCCACAUGGUAUACAAAUUGGAACCCCGUCGUCUUCAUCAGCAUUACCACCAAUGCCACCCGAAUGUGAGCCACCGUAUCGAUAUCCACCGUUAUAUGCACAACCACCACAGCAUUUACUUCAACCUCCGCCGAGCAUACAUCAUGCAUCAAGUGCAUUUUGUCCGAUGCCACCACAAGCGCAUCAUGACCCCACUGGGUAUUAUCAACCGGCUGGUCCAUUGAUAAAUUCUCAUUCUCACUUAAUUGGCGGCCCUCAAAAUCUGACCAAACAACCCACAGUAUCCCCACUGGACUCGGAAUCAUUGCAACAAUCGCAACAGUCGAGUUCGGUUGGCGAAGGUCCUUCACAUACGUUCCGUUAUCAACAGCCUCCAGUGUCAUCGCAAGCAAUUCCUCAGCCACAAUUGCAAGUGCCGCCGGUAUCACCGAUUCCAAGCCAUUAUUCACGGCCGCCGCAUCAAAUGCACUGUCCAACAUAUCCGCCAUCGUAUUAUACAUAUGGUCAGCAUCCUCGUGAUAUGUGCUAUUCGCCUCCCUAUCAAUCGAACUAUUAUACACCAAAAGUUUAUCCAACCGCUUAUCGUCAAUAUAUGCCAAGCACAUCAUAUUAUCAAUCAGUGCCGCCAAGUGAACUUUACGAGCAUCCUGGUUCAAUUCACCAGUCACCAUUGAUUCCGCCGUCGGUGUCACAACAGCCGACUCAAUCGAUUCCAACAUCAACUGCACCAAUUCAACCUCAACCACAGCAAAUGCAAUCGCCCAAUACCCAAUUAGUGCCCGCCAUUCCGAAUGCACCGCAUUUAGAUCACUAUUCACCUUAUUUUACGCCGGGCUAUAAUCACGGAGGAGGUCAAUGUUAUACUCGUAGUAUACAACCUCCUUUUAUCGAUUCAUCGCCAUACCAGGGCAGUUGCCCAUGUCCAAUUCAGUCGUUUCCAAAAAACGUGCAUAUUGGGCCUCGUAUUGGUGAUAAGGGCCCAUGUCAAAAAAACACAUCACAUUUACACGACUCUGCAUUAAAUCCAAUUCAAUUUAAAACGGAAAACACCAGCAAAACCGGCAAUCUUGAUAUUGUUGUUAAACCAGAAAUUGUCGAUUCACAUACUCAAUACGAUACAAAUCAUAAGACUCUCGAUUCAAUCGAUCGAUCAUACGAGAAAAUUGCGCUUGUGCCGCAGCAUCAUCCGAACUACACAUUGAAUCCGAAACUAUUGGAACAGCCCGAAAUGUCAAUAAGUCCAGCUCGUGGCUCAAUCGGACCGGGUAUACCAAAAAUUCAAGCGGGCGCAACGCAACCGUUGGACGUUUCUAUCGAAAAAUCAAUGAAAAACACAUUGACACAAACACCGGUCACAAGUCGCCGUGCACGUGUUGGUAAAAAUAUGGCACGCGAAAUGAUGCUACAAUCGCAUCCAACAAAUAAAGGCAUGGAAAUGGAACUACAGGGUGAUUCAUUGAAUGAAUCAAAAAAUAAUAUUUGUGCAUCGACACCAAUCAAAGAACAGAUUCACAAUGAAGAAUAUGAGAAAAAUAGUACGACCACACCACAUUUUAUGUCCGCAAAACAAACAGUCAAUGGUAAACUGAUCAAACAGGAGGAUGUGAAAAAAGAGUGUGACGACGAUGUUUUAUUGAUCUCAGAUAAAUCGGAAUCGGACACCAUUUCAUCGGAUCAUGAUGAACAAUCGAACAGCAUUCAAAUCAUCGAUUUGUCGAGCGAUAAUGGCAUUAAAAAUCAUAUGAAUGACAAUUCGGAGAAAAAUUGCCUAUUGAAACGACGCUGUGGAAAUGAAAGUUCGGCCGAUGAAAUCAUCGAUUUAGAUGAAGAGAAUACGAUUACAACAGUAAAACGACGAAAAAUUCUCGAAUUUCACAAAAAUCCAAUUAAAAAAUCACCACCAAACAGUUAUAAAAGUUUAAUAAAGCCUUCAGAAACGAAAACAUAUUUAUGCCGAGCUGAUGCACGCGACAAGGAUCAAUCGAUCAAAUGCAGUACACCGAAAACGGAAGAGAUGACCAUUGAACUCGAAUCAUUCCGAAAUGGUACCUGUGACAAAGACAACAGUGAACAUACAUCGAUUGAGUGCAGUGAAAAUCGAACGGACAGCAUUGGAAAAUCAGUAAAUGCCAUUCCAUUGACAAUGCCAUCAAUUGGCGAUGAAUUUCCACAAGAAUUGUCUGCUGCAGAAGAAGAAAAUUUCAUGUCACACAUUGAUUCAACUGGUGAAGGUAUUUCGAAAGGUUAUUGUUCGGACAAUGAAAUUUUAUCACGGAAAAAAGAACGCUUGAAAAUAAAAUUGCAAAAAUGUGAAGGACGAUCUCGUUCCGAAUCGAAAAAAAGUGACAAAAUUUCGAAUGGAAAAGAAACGGUUAAAGCUGAAAAAUCAAAACCACGAAAGAAUUCACGUGAUCGAUCAACGUCGUCAAAUAAAUCAAAAGAACGCGUUGAAAGACCACCAACCGCAAAGAGACCAAAACUCGAUUCCGAUGAUACGAUUACGCAAAAAUCGUCAACGUCAACGGUAAAUAAGAAAAAAACGGACACGAAAACAAAAAAAUCAAAAACAUCCAAAGCCAAAAAGAGCUGUGAAAAAUCGAAAAAAUUGCCGGAAAAUCGAACUCAAAACACCGACGAGCUCAACGACGACGACGAUGAUGACGACGAAAACGACGACAACGUUGUUGAAAACGAUGACGGUGCAUUGCUGGACAAUGAAUCACCCAUUCACAAUAACAAUAAUAACAUUUUGUUCGAUAAAAACAAUAAAAUGCAUCUUGAUGCAUUGGCCGCUUCAACGUUUAAUUUGAACAAAAUAGCAACCGCAAAGAAAUCAAAAUCACGAGGCAGUAAGUUCAGCAAUAAGAAAAAGCAUCGGGUUCGUCAUUUGAAACUGGUUGAAGAAGUGAUCAUUCCACGACAAACACUUGCAGCACCACGAUGGAGCAAUGGAUGGAAUUGGUUAGGUGAACCAUUUCAAGGAAAAGUGUUCCUUAAUAGUGACGAUCAUCAAGUCGUUCGAACGCGAUACCCAGCAAUGAGACAUGACUGUGGCGAUACAAUUCGACCGGGCGAUUGUGUGCUAUUGCGAGCAGGCAGCAAGAAAAAUGAACUACCGUAUGUUGCAAAGGUCGCUUCUCUAUGGGAAAAUCCCGAAGAUGGUGAAAUGAUGAUGUCAUUGUUAUGGUACUACCGCCCUGAGCACACCGAACAAGGCCGAUUGCCAAACGAUUGUCCGGACGAAGUAUUUGCAUCAAAACACCAAGAUCACAACAGUGUUGCCUGUAUAGAGGACAAAUGCUAUGUGCUUACAUUCAACGAAUAUUGCAGAUAUCGUAAAAGCAUUCGAGCCAUUGAGCAAGGAAUCGAAGAAGUUCCCUCAAUUGUGCCAGCAUUAAAGCAAUCAACGGGCCGUGAAGUGCCGCUUAAUACAAACAGUGAAUUGAUUCUAUUUUGUCGUCGUGUGUAUGAGUUUCGUUUACGGCGUCUAAUUAAAAAUCCAUCAUAGACGUUCGGCCAAAUCAAAGCCAACGGGCAUAUCAAACGAAGUGAACGCGUACUACGCAGUAACUUUUAAUGAAAACAGAAACAGAACAUUUGAUUAAUAGUUCCUUAUGAUGCAAAAAUCCACAAGAAAAACACAAAUUAUGCAAAAUAAUAAACAAAUGUACAAGCAAAUCUUUCUCGAAAAGAUUUGAUCGCAAACAAUCUUAUAAGGAAAAUGCAUAAAGAGAAGUUGUAUAAAAAAAAUUGACAUACAAAUGUAAAUGUUGUUGAAUUCAGGUCCAAUUAAUAAUUAAGAUUUAUUACAUAAUAACAAAAAAAAAACAAGAGGAAGAAGAAGAAGAAAAAAGUAUAUAGAGUUGAUUUAAUGUGUAUAGAUAAUAAUCACAAGAAAUGCUUUCAGUUUUGGGGGGCAAAUUUUGUUUCCAUAUAUGUAUAAUGUAAGAUCAACACAUACACACAACUACUUUCCAUUUUGUUUGUAAAUUUACAAAGCGUUAGAGAUUCUAAUUAGGAUGUAGAUCGUAAAUCUGUAAUUCCGUAUAUAUUCAGCCUUGGUGUAUUUAUAACAUUCUGUGUGAAAACAGAAGCAACUUGAAGACAAGGAAAAGAAAAACAAACCGUAUCCGGAUAUAUCUGUAUGUUUCGGAGUUACAAUUAUUAAGAAUUAAUCAGUAUCUUUACCAAAAAAACAAACAAAAAACAAUUAUAUGAAAAGAAAACGCAUAGGUUCGAAUCAAACCAAAACUGAAGAAAUCAUAGAUUGAUCUUACUGCAGUAAACUGUUUGUUUGGAGCCAUCUCUGUCGGGAUGCAGCCAUGAGACAAACAGUUGCCUCUUUAUUAUUUUUCUGUUUGCUUUUUUCCCACAACAUAAUCAUGAAUUUAUUAUUUUGUUAAAUAUUUUUUGAUCGUUUAAGAGGAAUUGACAGAAGAAAUAAAGAUUUUAUAACAUUCGACCAGAUUUGAAAAAAGAACCAAACCACUUUAAUGCAUUGCUUCAUGCUUCAAAAGCAGCACCAAUGUAUCUUGGCAUUUUAUUUGAGUUGUCAGAAAAGUCAAUGAAAUUGAAAAAGAUUAGAGUCAAAUGCUGAGAGAGCGGGUAUAAAUAUUUCCUUGUCAUUUUAUCCUAUCAUAUUUAUUUGAAAAAUUUCGUGUACAUUCGAUAAUUCGUCAGGAAACAUGUAAAAAAGAAAUUACACAACUUGGGUCGCUUUGUUCAAAACAUUAAUUUAUUUUAAAUUAUUUUUUACACCUAAAACCGCUCCAAAUUUAUUUUGAGAAUUAAGAAAAUUAUCAUUUGUACACAAAACAGAGCAGAUUUGAAUAUUUUUAAAUUGUAUAAAAUUGAAGCGUCAAACAAAUGAAAAUAAAGCAGUUAACUUCUCAAAUUGUAUGCAA